GGAGCGCGCGCCUCUUCUUUACGCACUGUCUCUCUCCUUCCCCUCACAAGCAGACCAUCACCACAUCCCACUGUCAUCAGAUGAAUGAUAAGCUGACGUGAUCGCACCGCUCCAGGAGACACCGGUGGCGCUGUCUGUUCCGCGGGAACUUGGAUACACCGCAGGAAUCCCGCGCGCACUUCUAUGUUUGAUCCCGAGCCGCGCUUCAGUCCGAGCGAAGCGCACCGCGGGGGGAACCACCGGGAGAGCUGGUCCUGCUCCACGCACGGCAGGGUGGAGUGCUAUGACCGGUAAACUAGCGGACAAGCUGCCUCUCACCAUGAGCACUCUGAUCAACACCAUCCCCGACUCUCUCUACCCCGAAGAGGACAUCCCGACAUCCAUGAACAUUUUCACAAGUACGGAUUCUAUAAAUCAUUACUCGCAAAUGAACACAGACAACAUCAUGGACCUGGGCAUGGGCAGCGAGAAGGGCAGCGCCGAGAUCCAGUACGGCUCCAGCUUCCAGUCCAACCGCAGCGGGCAGACCGUCACCUACCUGGGCAAGUUUGCCUUCGACACCCCCCCCUCAGGGGGCCUGGGGGGCUCGGGCUGGUGCUCCGACAAUAACAUCAUCAGCCUGGUCAGCGCCGGCAUCCUGGGCGUGUCCCCGUCGCCGGGCGGCGCCGCCACACAGACCUCCUCCUCGGCGGCCAACAUGGGCGGCCAGCCGGCGGACAUGGAGCAGGUCUACGGCCCGCCGCUGCCCGCCUACUCCACCUGCAGCGACCUGUACCAGGAGCAGGUCUCCUUCCACCACAGCCCCGCCACCAGCACCGCGCUGGCCUACCCGGGCAAUGAGUACCACUCCGCCUCCAAGCCCUCCAUGGACGGCAGCCUGUUCUCCAUGAUCCCCGACUACAACCUCUUCCACCACCAGGGCGACGUGGGGGUGAUGGAGCACAAGCCCUUCCAGACCAUGGACCCCAUCCGGGUCAACCCCCCGCCCAUCACGCCCCUUGAGACCAUCCGGGCGUUCAAAGACAAGCAGCAGAUCCACCCCGGCUUCAUGGGGGGCCCGCAGCACGCGCCCCAGCACCACGGCCCCCCGCAGACCCUCACCCUCAAACCCAUCCGGCCGCGGAAGUACCCCAACCGGCCCAGCAAGACGCCCGUCCAUGAGCGGCCACACGCCUGCCCGGCCGAGAACUGUGACCGGCGCUUCUCUCGCUCUGACGAGCUGACGCGUCACCUCCGCAUCCACACGGGCCACAAGCCCUUCCAGUGCAGGAUAUGCAUGCGCUCCUUCAGCCGCAGCGAUCACCUGACCACGCACAUCCGCACGCACACGGGCGAGAAGCCCUUUUCCUGCGAGUUCUGUGGACGCAAGUUCGCCAGGAGUGACGAGCGCAAGAGACACGCCAAGGUGCACCUGAAACAGAAGGACAAGAAGCAGGCCGACAAGGGCAGCGGGGCGGCCGGGAGCCACAGCUCCCCCCCCACCUCAUGUGGCAACGGGGGGCCCAGCAGUGGCAACAUCAUGACCGUGACUACCUGUGCGUAGACUGGACCCUCCGCCCUGACCUUUUUCAAAGAGACAUUUGCAGAGAAAGGGAUGCAAUUCACUAGGAGAUGAAGCGUUGAUUUGUUUGAUCUUUGUUACCCUGGUUUUUAGUUCUGUUCUGAGGUGGAGCCCCUGAGUUGAAGUAGGUGGGAUUUAUUUGAUUGUUGGUGCUGAAUGCUUCCCUCCUCGAGCUGUCCUGCAGCCCCCAUAGCACAGCUGUCCGCACACAUGGCUCUGGGUGCCCCCUUCCCAGGUCACCACAUCUGUACGGUGAUUCACCAUUUCAACAUCGGAGGAGGACAGAGUCCCACAUGGUUGUUGAAACACAGAAAAAUAUUAUGAUCUUAGAAAAAGGGUGAGUUUCCUGGGGUGUAUGUGUGUGUGUGUGUGUGUGUUAAUUUUAUUGGCUCGUUUGAAAGUACAUUUUGUUAUAUUUGUGUACUGUUAUUGGUGGCACUUGACUGUCUUUUGUUGUUUUGUGUAGUAUUUUUUUAUAUUUGAAUGUUAUUUUUUUCAAAUGAAUGUGCCAAAUGCAUUGUGAUAAUACAGCCAACCGCGAGUCUCAUAAUUGUGCCUGACAUUUGCCAAACAUAAUAGAGAUUUCAAUUUAGCACCAUGUUGUCUAAGAGGGAAAAUGGAGUCAAAUAAUUUACUGAAAAGCAAAGUUCUUUAUCUGCAUAAUUCUAGUUAGAUUUAGACAGAGGUGUAAUAGAUUAUAGUUAUUUGGAGGAUGGACAUAUGUGAUGUCACUUUAACCUAAACUACAGAGCAAGCACACCUGCGUUAAUCACUUCUAUUGCCAAUACUGAUAUUUACAUUCGCAAAAAGCAUAAUUUCUGUCGUUGUUCUUUGAGGUUAUGUUGACUUUUAUAUUUUAUAUGGUGGCUUAAGUGGUGGUGCCAGAUUAUCAAAUGUUUUCAACUGCACCUAUUUUGUUACGUUUUAGAUGUCUUUGUGUUUUUUUCAGUUGAGCAAUAUUAAAGGCACAAAAUAUUCAGGACAUAUACCUUUCAUUCUUGAUAUACUGAGAGCUCACAAGAGAAAAGCCGGAAUACUGAAAUAUCUGUCAAUAUAUGAAAGUAAAGAUUAAAAAAAAGGAGCAUUUGAUGAAUUAACUAUUUUGUCUGUGCUUUACAUUGCUUGGCACGGCACCAAGUUAAAGGACUAAAACCACUUAAUUUCAGCCACCAACAGAUGCACACAGGGGGAGAGGUUUUGAAAGCUAAAUUCAGUUUUUUUACAAUAUGGAUAGAUCGGGUUAUAUAUUAAAGGGUUGCUAUUUUUGUACAGUGUACACCCAUGGAUGCAGGCAACCGUCAGAACUUUUGUACUCAUACUGUCAGAUGCACCGAGACUGAGUAUUAAACGGUGCAUUGAUGUGCAUGCCCUCAUGCAUACUAUGUAAAUACACAUGUCUGCAUCAACUAAUCAUUUUCAAUUGACUGAAUGCUUUUGCAAAAAAAAUGUGUCUUAGACCUCGUAGUAAUGUGUUAUAAUGCAGAAUACAUUGUGCUCACGUGUCUUCAGCAUUGGGACGGUGCCAAAUAAGGUGUGUUAUCUUCCGUUUAAGAAAAUAAUAAUAUAAUUUGUACCUUCUGUUCAAUUCAAUGUAGUGAGUGGUUUGAGAAAGCACUAAUGUGUUCUCUGAAUAAACAGAAAACGUUUUUC